CUAACAGCUCCCAAGAAAAACCGGCACUAUGACUCCCCGCCUCUCCUUCCCCUUUAUUCCUCCCAUGUUGCCCCCAGUCCCGGAUACCACCCCGGUGGCCACCACCGAGCCAACAACCACUGAGCCAGUCCGUCUCAUUGCCCGACAGGGCGCCGACUGGGAAGCGCUCCGCGACAAGGGUAUCUCCAUUGCCCGCGAGGCCAAGGCGAGCGGGGCAAAGUCACGCGACGAGGGCCGCGCUCGCGGCAGCAGCGCAGCCACCAGCGGCCGCAGCAGCGCCAGCCCGAGCUCAGCACCGGCCUCGACCCAAACCCCGGCGCCUAGCUCUGCUCCCCCGCCAAGCCAAGGAGGGGAGGAGGAGGACCUGGCCGACUGGGAAAAGGCACGCAACAAGGCCAUGGAGGUUGCAGGCGGGUUCAAGGCCGGCAAAGGCAAAGAGGGCAAAGGCGGCGGCGGGUUCUUUGGCGGGUUCGGCGGCAAGGGCAAGAAGAAGAAGGGCGGCCCCAACAACAACGACAGCGAUCAAGACUUCGUCCAAGUCCCGGUCUCGCCGGUCGACGUGCAACAGGAGCGCAGCAGCACCAGCCCCAGCGCCCCGGCAGACUCUGGCGCCGUCAGCACCGGCACCGCCCAGACCCCGUCCGAAACGCAACCCCAAGAGUCCAUGAUCACCCCACCCCCGCGCCUCAGCCCCCGGCAGUGGGCCGGUGGCGCCGGGUUUCCCGGUUUGAGCAGCCAGCUGCAGGAGUGGAGCCAAAAGGCCGCCGAGUCGUCGUCCAAGGCUGCCUCGGAGUCUUCCAAGUCUGCGGCCGAGGCUGCGUCGUCUUCUUCCCAGUCUCCGGGAGCGGCGCCUAGUGGUGCUCCGGGAGCUGGAGGAGCUGGAGCUGGAGCUGGAGCACCUGCCGGCGGCGGCGUGGUAAGACCCGGCGCUGGUGGCUCACCGGUAGCACCCGGAGGUGGUGGAGCGGCACCAGGUGGCGGCGCGGGCGGCGGAAUACCAGGACUGGGUGGAUCCGGGGAAGAAGAAGAUGAGAAGCCGUCCUUCCUCGGCGGCGGUGGCGGCUUCGGUGGCGGCAAGGGCAAUGGAUUUGGCGGUGGUGGUUUUGGUAAGGGUAAUGGAUUUGGCGGCGGCAAGUUCGGUGGUGGCAGCGGAUUCGGUGGUGGGAACGGAUUCGGCGGCCCGGGCCCCCAGAACCGUUUCGGUGGUGGAAGCAGCUUUGGCGGAGGCAACGGGGGCUUCGGUGGAGGAAAUGGCGGAUUCGGCGGCGGUGGUAACGGCUUCGGGGGUGGCGGCAACGGCUUUGGGGGUGGUGGCUUUGGCGGCUUCGGCGGUGAUCGGCGUGUCAAGGCCCGAGAUGUCGACGGAAUUCCAGACCUGAUCAACUCUCUGGUCCGGACAUUGGAGACGGUCAUCGCGACUGUUGUGGUCAGUUCCCCGGCAGAGGUGGUGGUCUCGGUUGCGACUCCGCCUCCCAGCGGUGGUGGUAGCGGUGGUGGUGGUGGCGGCGGCGGCAGCGGCGGGGGUAGUGGUGGUGGUGGUGGUGGUGGCAGUGGGGAUGGUGGCAGUGAUGGUGGCAGCAGCAGUGAUGAUGACGAGGCUUGGAGACAGGACUACUCGAAGGCCAUCAGCGUGGCUCGGUCUUACAGGUCCCAGUACUCGGGUGCUGGCAGGACUCGCGGCGCUGCAGCUGCGGUAACGACAGCUCCGGUCCAGCCUACCCAGCCCGUCCAGCCCGUCCAGCCCACCAAGACCUUCAAGCCCGCCCAGAUCACGCCCAGCGCAGCGGCUAGCCGGAAUGGCGAGGCCCUGAAGAAGGUCGAGGUCAUGGCGGCGGCCCUUGCUGCCGUGGCUGUUGCUUUUGGGAUGUUUUGAUUCUUGGUCUUAGUCUCUCUUUUCUGCCUCUGGUUUUUGAGAUUCUUCGGUUUCCUUUGUCUGAAAAGUAGAUCUUAAUAUUGGACAAGCAGCACACGAGUCUUUUUGUACAGAGUAUUGGUACAUAGCGGGGCCUGCCCACGGC